AUGCUGCCCGAGUACUGCGGCGCGGUCGACUGCUUCCCGGUCGUUGCCAACGACGGCGCGUCGCUCGCCUUCCUCCUCGUGAGCAUGUACUCGAUGUACGUCUGCCUCCACACGCCGAUGAGCGUCUACAUGGAGCAACCUUGCUUGCCGGCCAAGUACCUUCUCGCGGUGCUCCUUGUGACAUUGCACUUGUCGUUUCUUGUCGUCAAGUACCUCGGCGGCCAGGCCGUGACGCCAGCCGAGAUGUUUGGCACGACCACGCGCUGCGUGGCGUACCUCUUUUACGCUGCGAUUUUGACCGAGCACCCGUACCGCGACCUACCAAUGCUCCGCGCGGCCUUCUUCGCGAUGGCGAUUCUCGGCUUUUGGCAGUGCCAGCAGCUGCUGCAAGAGCAUCCGCCCGACGAAGCGUGGAAGCUCGGGCUGCACGGCGGCGCGAUCUUCCUCAGCGGCCUCGCGCUGCUGCCUGCGACGCUCCUCCAGCCAAGCGAAAGCCCGUUUGACAAGGCCAAUUGGUUUUCCCGCCUCACGUUUGCGUACGUGGCUCCGCUCAUGGGCGUCGCAUCCUUUGAUCCAGCCGACAUCCCAGCGCUGCCCGUGGCCGACGCUACGCCGACCGCAAGCCGGCGCUUCGUCUCGGCCUACGAGAUGGAAAAGACGACAUCCCCGUCGCUCCUGCGUCUGCUCUGGCGCUUGCACGGACGCGACAUUGGCGGCUUCUUCCUCUGGUCGAUCGGCAACACGGUCCUCAAUAUGAUGACGCCGCUGUUGACCAAGAGCCUUCUCGAGUGGUCGAGUCGUCCUGCGCCGUCGCCGUCGCACGGGUAUCUUCUCGCGUCGGCCUUGGUCCUGCAAGCCCUCUUGCGCACCGUGUCUCGGUCCCAGUACUCGCUGAGCAAAGACCGGUUCAACAUUCGGUGCACGUCGGGCUUGCAAGCCGGCAUUUACGCGCGCGUGCUCUCGCUCGGGCCGCGCGACGGCGACUGCAUUGGCCACGUGACCAACUACGUGACGAUGGACGUGCCCGUCAUCGUCCGUCUCCCCGGCUCGCUCUUUGACGUGGCGCUGCUGCCGAUGCAGAUUGCCAUGGCGCUCGUCGUGCUCGGCGACGAAGUGUCGUUUGCUUUUCUCGGUGGUCUGGUCUUGCUCGGCGCCAUGCUGCCGCUGCAAGUCUACUUGGCGCACCUCGUCCAGCGCGUCAAGGCGCGGCUGCUUGCGAUCCGCGACGACCGAUUGCGGCUCAGCGUGAGUACGCUGGUCGGCAUUCGCACGCUCAAGAGCUUUGGCUGGACGCGGUACUUUUCGGACCAGCUCGAGCACGUCCGGGCACUCGAGCUGCAAGCGCUGCGGCUGCGGCAGAUCAUCACGGCGUUUUGCGACGUGCUCUCGAGUGCCGCGCCGCUCCUGAUCCAAACCGGCGUCUUUGUCGUGAUUGUGUACACGGGGCAGCCGAUCACGGCCGCGCGCGCCUACACCAUCAUCUCGCUCUUGCAGCAGCUGGUCGGGCCGAUCACGGAUCUUCCGUGGAUUGCGCGCAGCCUUGGCGAGGCGUACGUCUCGUUCACGCGCCUCUCGCAGUUUCUCUUUGCGCCGUCGGCGUUGGCGACGGACGACGAUCCACGGCCCAGUAGCUGGCGCAAUUGCACGUUUGGCUGGACGCCCGAGACGCGCACCGACGAGCUGACUGCGCCGCUCCUGUGCAAUGGCCCGUUCCGCCUGCACCUCUCCGAGUUGACGUUGACGCCUGGUGCCAAUGUGGUCGUGUGCGGGCGCAGCGGCGCUGGCAAGUCGUCGCUGCUGCUCGCUCUCCUUGGCGACAUGCCCUGCGUGCACGGUGCGGCCGUCCGAGUCGCCGACUCGAUCGCGUAUGCGCCACAGACGCCGUGGCUGGUGCCUGGCUCGCUCGAAUACAACGUGACGCUGGAGAGCGAGUAUGAGCCGAAUUUGUAUGCGCGCGUGAUGGCGCUGUGCCGCCUCGACGCCCUGCCAAGGACGCUGCGCGUGAGCGAAGAGGGCGCCAAUCUGAGCGGCGGCCAGCGAGCGCGAGUCGGCCUCGCACGCGCCUUGUACCAGCGGGCGGCUGUGUAUUUGCUGGACGACUGCUGGAGCGGCCUCGAUACUUGCACAGCCCGAGCCAUUUUGGCCGAGCUACGCACCGUGCUGCCGCCAUCGUCCGCACUCGUGCUCUCGACCCACGCGCUCAUCCUCGUGCGCGGCUUGGCGCCGACACUCUUGGUGCUGGACGACGGCGCCAUCGUCGAACGCGGCGCCUACGACGUCCUGCGCGCCACACCUGGGUCCCGUCUCGAAGCACUCGUCGCCAACGACGCCAUGCCCGAGGAAGAGGUCACUGGGAUGCCUGCACCGUCAACACCACUCUGUGAACGCGGCGGCGUCGAGAGCGGCGCGAAUCGGGUCUGGCACACGUAUGCGGCGGCGAUGGGGUAUCGCACGGCCGUGGCGUGGCCGCUCACGAACGUGAGUCUCCAGCUGCUGCAGAACGGCAUGGACUAUUGGACGGCGCAGUACACGACGUACCACGCGACGUCGCCGGACGCCUUUGCCCGCGGCCUCAUUGCGCUCACGAUCGGAACGCUUUGCAUGACGACGGCGCACAUUGGCCUCGUGGUGCACGGCAGCCUACGCGCCGCCAAGACGCUCUACAACCGCAUGACGCACCAGCUCUUGCGCACGUCCUUGGGCUUUUACGAGACGACGCCGAUUGGGCGUAUCCUCAACCGUCUCGGCGAUGACACGUCGACCGUCGACACGAUGAUUCCAAUGGCACUGGAUUUCCUCGUGCUCGAAGUCAUUUCGAUUACGGGGUCGCUCGUCGUGCUCUACUUUACCAACGUCUAUGUGCUCUUGCUGCUCUUGCCGCUGAGCGCCGUGUACCUCUACCUGCAGGCGCGCUACCGGCCACCGGCCCGCGACCUCUCACGCCUCAACCACGUCGUCCAGUCGCCCCUCAUGAUGCACUUGAAAGCGACGCUCAACGGCCUCAGUGUUCUCCGCGGGCGCGGCUCUGCAGCCGCCUGGCAGACGCAGUUUGAAGCGCACUUGUGUCUCUUCCAGCGCGUCUCGCUCGCGCAGUCGCUCACACUUGGGUGGCUCGCGAUCCGCCUCGACGCUCUGGGCAUCGUGGUCGCCGGCUUUGUGGGCUUCUCGGCCGCCAUGGCUGCUGCCCGCGGCCACCCGAUGCCGUCGGCGUACCUCGGCCUCACGCUCAUGUACGCUUUGCCCAUCAUCCGCAAGCUCAAGCUCGGGCUCGAGGCCUUUGUGUGGGCCGAGCAAGCGAUGGUGUCGGUCGAGCGGCUCCGCGAGUACGGUGCGCUUCCUGACGAAGCUGGAGGGCGAGAGGAGAAAGAUGGCGACGAUGUUGACUGGGUCACGGGUGGAGCUAUCGAGCUUAUGCAGGUGAGCUUGCCGCGCGGCCGCCUCACGAAUGUUUCCGUGUCGAUCCGAGCGCUGGAAAAGGUGGGGAUUUGCGGGCCGUCGGGCGCCGGGAAGAGCUCGCUCCUCAACUGUUUUUUUCGCGCCGUCGACUACUCAGGUCGCAUCCUCAUUGACGGCCAGGACGUGGCCGCACUCUCUCUACAGCAGCUGCGCGCUGCGUUGGCGUACGUGCCGCAGACCACGAUGCUCUUUGCGACCUCGGUGCGCAAGAAUCUGGAUCCGCUCGACCAGUACGACGACGACCGCAUUUGGGCGGCGCUGCACGCGUGCGGCCUGCGCUCGCUCGUGCUGGGCUUUCCGCUGCAGCUCGAGCAAUUCAUCGAUGGCAGCGUGCUCAGCCAAGGCCAGACGCAGCUGCUCGGCAUUGGUCGCGCAGUGCUCAAGGCGGCCAAGAUCGUGUGCAUUGACGAAGCGACGGCCAGCGUCGACCACGAGACGGACCGCCGGCUUCGCGAGCUCAUGGCCGAAGCGUUUUCGGGUGCGACUGUCCUGACGGUCGCGCACCGGUUCGCUGCAAUUGCCGCCAGCGACCGCGUCCUUGUGCUCGAGCACGGCCGCGUCGUUGCUUUUGAUUCGCCGACCUCCUUGCUGCAGGAUGCCCACGGGUACUUUGCGACCAUGGCUUGAGUCCGUGCGAGGUUAGGGUUCCGAAGAUGAUGUGUGUGGAGUAUUGGAUUCCUCGUUGUUG